UAUUUUUCUCAGCACCCAUGUUUGGCACCAGCAAACUCGCUGCGGCGAUUGAGCGAUGCACGAACGAAACGCAGCCCAGCGAGGAUUGGAACCUCAUCCUUGAAAUUUGCGACCAGAUCAAGCACACUGACACUGGUCCCAAGGAAGCCAUCAAGACCAUUCAAAAGCGGCUGAGCAACAAGAAUGCCAGUGUGAUUUACUUUACGCUCGUGUUGCUCGAGGCAUGCGUCAAGAACGCCGGCGAGCGGUUUCAUGCUGAAAUCGCCAACCAAGAGUUUCUCAACUUUCUGGUCAAGCUGGUGCAGCCUAAAAGCCCCAUUCCGGCACGAUCGCGCGAGAAGAUUCUCGAACUCUUGCAGUCGUGGUCGGACAAUUUGGGACACCAGCACGAGUAUGCUCUGAUCAAGGAGACUGUUCGCAAGCUGCGUGACGAGGGAAUUGAGUUUCCCGCCCAGGACAUGGAUGCCAUGUCACCCAUUCACACACCUCAAGCCCACGCAAUGCCGUCCCCUUCACGCCCGACUGCUGCAGCUGCCACACUCUCGACAUAUCCGACUUCGUCGCCACCUUCAGACCGAGGCGGGUUUGCCACAAUGUCUGACAGCUCACCCGGAGCAAACGCUUAUUCCCGCGCGCAACAGCCUCCAUCGCAGCCUCAGCCGCAACCACACCCGCAACCGACGUUCAAACUCAAGCUGGAGCCUCACCAGCGUGCAAAGCUGACGACCGAGUUUGGGGUGGUGACUGAGAACUGCAAUCUCUUCCGCGAAGUCGUGUCGGCACAGCAGCCAAACGAGCCGAUCGAGUCGUUCACUCUUGAACUCAAAGAGACGCUUGAAGCAAUGCAAUCUCGCAUCAUGGCGCUCGUCGAGCAGGUUUUGGAUGAAGAUAUUAUUGUCACCUUGCUCAGUCUGAACGACAAGCUGAACACUGCGUUGGGUCAGUUUGCCGCACUUACACCGGGCCACCAACGGACUCAGCAAGGAUUCAAUGGCCCGCCGCAGAGUGCGUACCCAGCGGCGCGAUCAGGGUUUGCGAGCAGUCAGCAGCAGCAGCAGCAGCAGCCUGGGCACGCAACGCCAACAACAUACGCACCAUCGCCGGCAGCUUCGUCUGCACCCGCGGAGCCGCAGUUGAUUGACUUUGACUCUAUGCCGCUUGCCACCAGCGCUAGCGCCCCACAGCCGCCAGCAACGCGCACUGCUUCGUCUGACGCACCGCGACCAGGCUCUGCAUUCCUUGCCAAUCCCUUCGCGUCCACUGGUUCUACAUAUGACGACAACAUGGAAGCACCAUCCAUGGGCUCGCUUGCCGGCGCGAUGAGUGCGCGUGCCAACCUGGUUGCUGGACAAGCACCACCCGCCGAGGAUGAUGCUUUUUCGCAGUUGGCCUCAUCAAGACUGUCGGCUCGUGCUUCUACUCCAUCGAGCAGCCCUCCACAACAAUCAACGCCUUUACCGACUGCUCCCGGUCAGUCCUCGAUUUCGACUGCUGACUUUGACGACUUCCUUGCCGAGCGUGGGUUUUCUUCCAAAAAGUCGUCGACGACGACACUCUUAACUGCACCUCCAGCAAACACUCAAAACCGUCGCCAGCUUAAUCUCGAAGAGCAGGACGAGGACAUGUUUGGACUUUGAAGUGUGUGAUUUGGUUUUUGUCGCUGUUUUUUUUUGGUAUUUUUUUCCUUGCUAGUGUUGUGUUUGACUGCAUCACCCCCCUCUCUGCUUUUGAGAACAAGUCUGAGCAGCAGUGCAACUCGUUUUUCUGUUUCGUUUCUCAUACAACCGUUCUAAUGUUUCAAAGUCUUACAGUGCAUUCUGCUUUCCAU